AUGGACCACCUUGCGUCAGAGAUGGCCCAAAAGAAGGCACUUCUGCAGGAUGUUCGUCCGUUUUCUGGGGAACAUGUGCUGGGCCCUUCUGUGCCGGACCUGGCCCCGUUGUGUGAGGACGAUGUGAUGUCUGUGGCUGCAUCAGACAUCAAUUUUCGUCUUGACCCUGUUGAGCUUGACUCUCAGGCCACCACUGCAGGAAAAAAUGACGGUGCUAAAGCUAGCGGCAGAGAGGAAGGCCUCACCAAAGAAAUACGCGACGAGAUCUCAUCCCUGCGGGAGACCACCAAAGCGGACAUUAAAACUGUUCACGACAAGCUAAUGGGAAAAGUCGAGAGCCUGUUUUCAAUGCAAAAAGAGGCGGCUGUCACACAGUCGGACAUGAAGCAAUCCCUCAGCGACACUUCUGACAGGCUCACGGCUCUGGAAAACUCCUACCAGACUCUGGCUGCUGACCAGAAGAAACUUGAGGAGAAGUGCAUUGACUUGGAGAACAGGAGCCGCCGCCAAAACAUCAGGAUCUUAAAUAUUCCCGAAGGGGCCGAAAACAACAUGCCAACCAUAUUUAUAGCCAAAUUUCUGUCUAAAGUGCUUGAAGUCUCGCUCCAAAACCACGUUCUGGCGAGCGACCCCCGACCCAUGAUUGCCCGUCUUCACUACUAUUCGGAUAAAGAAAAGAUCAUGUCACUGUCCCGGACCAAAGGCAAACUUUUCUUUGAAGGAGCACAGGUUCACAUCUUCCCGGAUAUGAGCCCAGAGGUAGGACGACAACGUGCGGCCUUCAAACAAGUAAAAACCAAACUUCGUGACACUGGAGUCAAGUACAGAAUGCUCUUCCCUGCCAAGCUGGAGAUAACAGUUGAUGAUUCCAGAAUGACCUUCAUCGAUCCAUGUGCAGUGGAGAGAUUCAUUAACCGCAACAAAUCAUCGUCAUUGGAGGAGCAUUGA